AUGAAUAUCAUGAAACUGAUGUUUGUCGGUGCUCUACUGGCCUGUUUGACCAAUCUCAUUUUUAUUGGGCUGGUCAAGUCAGGUGAACAACUGGCCGCUGUUGAAGUUAGGGUGGCUAAUCAGAUCCUGCCGAUUACGAGUGAUAAUACGCUUACAGCUGCUGAACAGGACAAGACCAUUGUGGUGCGUGGCCAGUAUGUCGGUAAAGCACUGCCAGAAAAUCAAAAGAUCGUGUUGCAGAUUAACGACCAGAAUAUUGAUGCGAAACUGGAAAGUGAGGGCAUAUUUACUGCCGCGAUUCCAGCACAGCAACUGAUCCAGUCACCCGCACAUAUUAUCAGUGCAGUCUUGAUGCAAGAUGGUCAGGCACUGCAACAAACAACCCAUGUUUAUCAG